UACUGAAGAGCCUAAAUGAGGGUGCAGUGUGUAAGGUAUCUGUGUAAUUGUGAUGUGGGUUCCUCAUUCUAUGUCCUCUUCUCAGAUUCCGCCCCUUCCAGUCACCUGAUUCGCGUUGAAGGGAAUCCACGAUGUUGUUACACAGAGGACGGUAACGGGCGUCACAGUGUUUGUGUUCCGUACGAGGAGCCCCAGGUGGGCUCCCAAUGUUCUACAGUCCUUCUCAAUUAUAUGUGUAACAGCUCCUGCAUGGGGGGUAUGAAUCGCCGACCAAUUAUGACCAUUAUCACUCUGGAGUCAAAGGAGGGCACCCUGCUGGGACGUCGCUGUUUUGAGGUCCGAAUCUGCGCCUGUCCCGGAAGAGACCGUAGAACGGAGGAAGAGAACUUCUUGAAAAAAAAAGAAAUGAAAAGUAGCGGUAAAAGAGCUCCUGUAAAUGCCCCUCUGCUGGAGGCUCCGCUCUCCAAGAAACGAGUUCUCAAUGAGGAGGAAAUAUUCACUUUCCAGGUCAGAGGUCGGGAGCGCUACGAGACGCUGAAGAAGAUAAACGACGCUCUGGAGUUACAAGACAGGGCCGAUCAGCAGAAACUGACUCUGAAGUGCCGGAAAUGUCGCGAUGAGAUUAAACCCAAGAAGGGGAAGAAGCUGUUGGUGAAAGAUGAGCAGGACUCUGAAUAAGGCCCAGUAACCAGCCUCGCCCUCAGCGCGCCCCCCCACCCCCCGUACCCCCAGCAUCUAUAACCAUCACUGCCAGUAACCUACUUUGUGUUUGUUUUCCUUAUUUUUCUUUUUUUUUUUUUAAUAAAAAUUUUCUCUUUAUUUCUUUUA